GUGGUGGUUACUGUGUAAUUGUGGAUCCGAGUCUACAUGGAGAGUCGGCCUCCUCCGGCCAAGAAGUUCAAAACAUCGCAACCUGUGUGUGGUCAAAGGCGGAAUAAUGCACUUUUGCAGGAGAUGGAGAUCGAUCAACAGCGGAGAGAACUGCCCAUUUACCGGGCUCGGGGAAAACUCCUUGGACAACUGCGACAGCUGGACACGGCGGUGAUUAUAGGUGAGACAGGUUCUGGGAAGACGACACAGAUUCCACAGUAUCUGUAUGAAGCUAGCAUCGGACGACAGGGUAUCAUUGGCAUCACGCAGCCCCGACGUGUGGCAGCAAUAUCACUUGCAGCUAGGGUUUCAGAAGAAAAGAAAACGGAGUUAGGCACAUUGAUUGGAUACACUGUCCGUUUUGAAGAUCUCACCUCUGACAAGAGUAAAAUCAAGUUCUUAACUGAUGGGAUGCUGCUGCGAGAGGCUAUUGGAGACCCACUCCUUCGCAGGUACAGUGUGGUGAUUUUGGAUGAAGCCCAUGAAAGGACUGUUCACACUGAUGUUCUCUUUGGCAUUGUGAAAGCUGCACAGAAAAAACGGAAGGAACUCAGCAAAAUGCCACUGAAAGUACUUGUCAUGUCUGCCACUAUGGAUGUCGAUCUCUUCUCUCAGUACUUUGACAGAGCACCUGUUUUGUAUCUGGAGGGGAGGCAGCAUUCCAUUCAGGUCUUCUACACAAAGGAAUCCCAGAGUGACUAUCUCCAUGCUUCUUUAGUAUCAAUCUUUCAGAUCCACCAGGAAGCACCACCUUCACACAACAUUCUCGUUUUUCUGACCGGUCAAGAGGAAAUUGAGGCCAUGAGUCGAACAUGCAGGGAAAUUGCCAAGCACCUUCCACAAGGCUGUGCGCAGAUGUCAAUAUUCCCUCUGUAUGCAUCACUCCCUCACCUGCAGCAGCUUCGAGUCUUUCAACUGGGACAGAAGGGCUGCCGUAAAGUGAUUCUUUCCACAAACAUCGCAGAAACAUCGAUCACCAUUCCAGGCAUCAAAUACGUUGUGGAUACAGGCAUGGUGAAAGCCAAGCGCUACACCCCUGAGAGUGGGUUAGAGGUCCUUGCUGUGCAGAAAGUUUCAAAAGCCCAAGCAUGGCAGCGAGCUGGGCGGGCUGGACGGCAGCAGGCGGGAAUCUGUUACCGACUCUAUACUGAGGAAGAGUUUGAGAAAUUCCACAACAUGACCGUACCAGAGAUACAGAGAUGUAAUCUGGCGAGUGUGAUGCUUCAGCUGCUGGCCCUUCGGAUACCCAACAUCUUGACAUUUGACUUUAUGUCAAAACCAUCUCCAGAUGCGGUGCGGGCAGCUAUUGAACAGCUUGAGCUACUGGGUGCAAUCGAGUGCAAAGACAGCCAGAUCAUUCUGACACAACUGGGCAAGAAAAUGGCAGCAUUCCCUCUGGAACCCAGAUUUUCCAAGGCUGUCCUGCUGUCUCCAGAGUUUCAGUGUUCUGAAGAGAUCUUGACCAUUGUUUCAUUGCUUUCUGUGGACAGUGUCCUGUACAAUCCACACACUAAACGGGAAGAAGCACACUCUGUGAGAAAGAGAUUCAUCUCAAGUGAGGGAGAUCACAUGACCCUACUGAACAUAUAUCAGGCUUUUAAGAAUGUAGGAGGACAUAAGGAAUGGUGUAGAGAGAACUUCGUGAAUGGCCGAAACAUGGCAAUGGUAACAGAAGUUAGAUGUCAACUGCGUGACAUUUGUGCAAAGUUUGGAGUUCGUUUGGAGUCUUCUCGUUCAAACACCAGCAAUAUCCGCCAGUGCUUGGCUCACGCUCUCUUUCUGAAUGCUGCAGAGCUGCAGCUGGAUGGGACUUAUGCAACCCUGGACACCCGGCAGCCUGUAGCUAUCCACCCUUCCUCAGUCCUCUUCAACUGCAAACCUUCCUAUAUUUUGUACAAUGAAUUAUUGCACACAUCCAAAUGCUACAUUCGGGACUUGUGUGUAGUAGAUCCUGAAUGGCUUUAUGAGGCAGCCCCAGAAUAUUUUGGCAGAAAGUUAAAAGGUGUAAACAGCUAAUGCAUCUGAAAUAAUGACAGCUCCCAGUUUGUCUUUUGUAGAUGGGUGCAUCAUUGGUUUUCAGUAGACAAAUAACCACAUGAUUUUGCACUAAAAUAUCAGUCUUUUUAUAUUCAUAUAUGAAUCAACAAAAUAUAAUGCAUUAUUGGCCUUUUCUGAUACAGCACCAGGAGAAGAAAUGGACUGACCAACCGUAUUAACUCUCUUAUUUUCUACUAUCACGUGUUUUUGUUGUCAGUCAAUGGUGGAGUCAUGAAAUUGGAUUUUAACAUUGUUUUUACAUAUCAGCUGGAAAGAAUUUAAUAAGUCAUCUCUUUUUAUCAUUUCCUUAAACUGAGAGAUCUCUGAGAAAUUCAGAAGUGCAUGAGGAUCUGUCCGUGUAGUUUGCUUGGGGCAUGCUUUGUCUGCACAGUGCAGUUAGGGGCGUGCGUCUAUUUGUAGUUUAGCCAAUUUUAUGUUCAUUCCUUUGUAAUUGCUUUUAUUUAAGUUUAAAACAGUAGACUCAGACCCAGGGUCUCAUGUUCAAACUGAAUAUAAAAUUCACAUGCUCUGAUCACAUUUCCUUUGAGGAUUCUUUAGCAGUGUAUAAAAAUAAGUAAUUUGCUGCAAUUCAUUAAUUUCUGUCUUAAAGCCAUUUCUUUUUCAGGCCAAGUCAGUAUUCUUCCCAUUCAAAUGAGCCUAAAUUUUGUUGACCAUUCUUUUUAUGUGGAGUUUUGUCAGUUAGAUUAUUUAAAUAUGAGCUGCCCUUUACAAAUAUCUUCUUGAUAUCCUUUACAAUUAACUCAAACCUCUUCAGACCUCAGGCUAAACGUUCUGGGAAUAUGGGUUCAAAUCCCGCCCCCCCCCCCCCAGAGUAGAUGGUAAAUUAGAGUUCAGUAACAACCUAAAAAUAAAAGGAGAGUUUAAUGGUGACCACAUAACCACUGAUGAUUGUCAUGACAACCUACCUGAUUCAUUAAUGUCCUUUUGGGAAAAAAAUUUUAUCAUAUCUGGUUUGACCUACAUGUGACUGCAGAUAGCAGUGUCAUUGACCCUUAAUUGCUAUCUGAGCAAAUAGGAUGGGCACUAAAUGUGACCUGGUCAGUGACACCCACAGUUUGUCAGUGAACCAAAAAAAGUGCCUUUUUUUUUCCCCACCUGAUUAUUAUUUCUAAAAGCCUACCUACGACUUAUAAUAGACUGACCAGCUUUGAAUUUUCGAGCAAGGUUCCUUCAUGAAUAAACUGUCAGAUUUGCCUUUUCUCAAUCUUCCAAUACCUCCUAUGGAUGGAAUCGAGUAUAAGAUUAUCAUUUUUCUGAAUUCUGCAUUCUCCCUCACUAUAUUGUAUGUAACAUAGUUCCCACUUGAAGAGUUCACCUGAAAUGCAUCUUACACUCUUUGUUUUGUUUCAAAAUAUUCUCUAUCUCCCUUGUCACUUGACUCCUGAUUCUCGGUUCCCUUGUCUGUCCCAUCUUGUUCCAGCACAGCGUGCUUUCCACUCUUUUCCAUUGCUAAUCUAAUCAGUGAUCAUUCUAACUCAAAUGCUUUCUGUGAACACGUGGUCCACCUGGCCCACUUCAUUCCCCAGCAUCAGAUCCAUCAAUGCUUCCUGUCCAGUUGGGCUGAGAACAUAGAAGUUCUCCUGGGAUGUGGCAUCUUUGGAGUGCAGAGUGUGAUGGCAGAAACCCAAGUGCUAUUGUUUUUUAAGUAGCCUCACAGAAUAUCAGUUUGAUUGCUAGUUUCUCGUCCAUACCUUUCUGGUAUGAUUUGUAGGAUCUUUAAUUAAGUUUAUAAUAAAGAAAUUUUCAAAUUAAA